AUGUUCAAGUAUUUUUCUCACUCAACAAACUUUCAAGAAUUAUCUAUGAUGAAUCUUUUGUGGAAGAACAAUACUUUCUUCUUUGAAAACUUUCCUUUCAAACUAGAAUCUACUUUUGUCAUAUUGAAAACUGAAACAGAAUACAGGGAUCAGUUUGAAGUUGAAGACGUUCUCUUUGCAGAUCAGAUUUUGGAAUUCUUCAGAAAUGUCAAGCCCUCAAUGAUCUUAACUCUUCAUGGCCUGAAUACUGAUAGUCAAAAAUACAGUGAGCCUGCAUCCUUUGAAGGAAUGAAUGAGUUCUGUGAAAACAGAGAAAUUCUACAUCCAGAAAUUAGUGAGUGUCGUGUCUUUAAAAGUGACCUUGAAUUGGAUGUUCUGCGUUAUACAAACAAAGUGUCUAGUGAAGGACACAAAGAGGUGAUGCGUCAGAUUCGUCCUGGCAUGUAUGAGUAUCAACUGGAAAGCAUAUUUCAUCAUUUUUCAUAUUAUUUUGGAGGAAGCCGUUAUCUGUCUUAUAGCUGUAUAUGUGGAAGUGGAGAAAAUGCUGCAAUCCUCCAUUAUGGACAUGCCGGGAACCCAAAUAGUAAAGUGAUCAAUGAUGGGGAUAUAUGUCUGUUUGAUAUGGGAGCUGAAUAUGGUGGUUAUGCCUCUGAUAUUACUUGUUCAUUUCCUGUUAAUGGCAAAUUCACUGACAAGCAAAAAAUUAUCUACAAUGCUGUAUUAAAGGCAAACAGAGCUGUUUUUAGAGCUAUCAGACCAGGAGUGAAUUGGGUUGACAUGCAUAAAUUAGCUGAAAGAGUUCAACUGGAGGAACUAAAGGCUGCUGGACUGCUUCAGGGUGAUGUAGAUAGAAUGAUGGAAGUGUACCUGGGUGCUGUUUUCAUGCCUCAUGGAUUGGGGCAUUUUAUGGGGAUUGAUACUCAUGAUGUUGGUGGUUAUAAUUAUAGUGCCCAAAGAUCCAAUGAACCUGGACUGCGGUCGCUUCGUACAAAUCGUACACUUCAGGCUAGAAUGGUAUUAACCAUUGAACCAGGAAUCUAUUUUAAUGAUGUGCUCCUUGAAGAAGCUAUGGCUGAUCCCCAGCGAUCAUGCUUCUUUGUUCCUGCAGUUAUUGACCAAUAUCGUGACUUAGGUGGUGUGAGAAUAGAAGAUGAUAUUAUUGUAAAGGAGAAUGGAGCUGAGCUGCUGACUGAUGUACCUCGAACAGUUGAAGAAAUUGAAACUUUUUUCACCAAUAGGCCACAACCACAAAUGUUUCUCCCAGAUCAGAUUUCAAGUGUGUUUGGUAAUUAA